AGAAGUUCUCACGCUCUCCCGGAGCGGCGUGACUUUGAGUGCUGCCCGCGGUGCAGUCUGCAGCCCAUCUUUCCUCCGGUCGGGCAACCGCAGAACCUGUGCAGCCCUGCCAUGAGGCUGCUGGGGGCCGCCGCUGCAGCUGUUGGUCGGGGCUGGCCAUUGAGGCAGUUCGACUGGAAGGCCCGCAGAUGGUGUUCAUCAGGGGUGAUUCCCAAUGAAAAGAUACGAAAUAUUGGAAUUUCAGCUCACAUUGAUUCGGGGAAAACUACCUUAACAGAACGAGUGCUUUACUACACAGGGAGAAUUGCAAAAAUGCAUGAGGUGAAAGGUAAAGAUGGAGUGGGAGCUGUGAUGGAUUCCAUGGAGCUGGAGAGACAGAGAGGCAUCACUAUCCAGUCAGCGGCCACCUAUACCAUGUGGAAAGAUGUCAAUAUCAAUAUUAUAGAUACUCCUGGGCACGUGGACUUCACAAUAGAAGUUGAAAGGGCCCUGAGGGUGUUGGAUGGCGCGGUCCUUGUUCUCUGUGCAGUUGGAGGGGUACAGUGCCAGACUAUGACGGUGAACCGGCAGAUGAAGCGCUACAACGUGCCAUUUUUAACCUUCAUUAAUAAAUUGGACCGAGUGGGCUCCAACCCAGCCAGGGCCCUGCAGCAAAUGAGGUCUAAACUAAGUCACAAUGCAGCACUGAUGCAGCUGCCCAUUGGUUUGGAAAGUUCAUUUAAAGGCAUUAUAGAUCUUAUUGAGGAACGAGCCAUCUAUUUUGAUGGGGACUUUGGUCAGGUUAUUCGCUAUGAGGAAAUUCCUGCAGAGUUCAGGGCAGCUGCCGCUGACCAUCGGCAGGAGCUAAUUGAAUGUGUGGCCAACUCAGACGAGCAACUUGGUGAGAUGUUUCUGGAAGAAAAAAUCCCCUCAGUUUCUGAUUUAAAGCUUGCAAUCCGGAGAGCUACUCUCAAUAGGACGUUUACUCCUGUCUUUUUGGGGAGUGCAUUGAAGAACAAAGGAGUUCAGCCUCUUCUAGAUGCCGUUUUAGAAUACCUCCCCAACCCAUCAGAAGUUCAGAAUUACGCUAUUCUCAAUCAAACGGAUAACUCACAAGAGAAAACCAAAAUCUUGAUGAACUCUCAGCGAGACAGUUCCCACCCUUUUGUAGGCCUGGCUUUUAAAUUGGAGGCAGGUAGAUUUGGACAGCUAACCUAUGUUCGCAAUUAUCAAGGAGAACUGAAGAAGGGAGACACCAUUUAUAAUACCAGGACGAGAAAGAAAGUGCGCAUACAGCGGCUGGUUCGGAUGCAUGCUGACAUGAUGGAGGAUGUUGAAGAAGUGUUUGCCGGAGACAUCUGUGCAGUGUUUGGUAUUGACUGUGCUAGUGGAGACACGUUCACAAACAAAGACAAUAGUGGUCUUUCUAUGGAGUCAAUUCACGUCCCUGAUCCAGUCAUUUCAAUAGCAAUGAAGCCUGCCAACAAGAAUGAUCUGGAAAAGUUUUCUAAAGGUAUUGGCAGAUUUACAAGAGAAGAUCCCACGUUUAAAGUCCACUUUGACACGGAGAGUAAAGAAACAAUUGUAUCUGGAAUGGGAGAGUUACACCUGGAAAUCUAUACCCAGAGAAUGGAAAGAGAAUACGGUUGUCCCUGUGUCACAGGAAAGCCAAAAGUCGCCUUCAGAGAGACUAUCACUUCCCGUGUCCCGUUUGAGUUUACACAUAAAAAGCAAUCAGGUGGUGCAGGCCAGUAUGGAAAAGUGAUAGGUGUACUGGAGCCCCUGGACCCAGAGAACUAUACGAAGUUGGAGUUUGCAGAUGAAACAUAUGGGGGAAAUGUUCCAAAGCAGUUUGUCCCAGCUGUAGAAAAGGGGUUUUUGGAUGCCUGUGAGAAGGGCCCUCUUACUGGUCACAAGCUCUCUGGGCUCCGGUUUGUCCUACAAGAUGGAGCACAUCACAUGGUUGACUCCAAUGAAAUCUCUUUCAUUCGUGCAGGGGAAGGUGCUCUAAAACAAGCCUUGGAAAAUGCAACAGUAUGCAUUCUUGAACCUGUCAUGUCUGUGGAAGUCGUAGCUCCAAGUGAAUUUCAGGGGGCAGUGAUUGCAGGAAUUAAUCGACGCCAUGGGGUAAUCACAGGACAAGAUGGGGUUGAAGACUAUUUCACAUUGUAUGUAGAGGUACCUCUAAAUGAUAUGUUUGGUUAUUCCACUGAACUGAGGUCAUGCACAGAGGGAAAGGGAGAAUACACAAUGGAAUACUGCAAAUAUCAGCCAUGCUCAGCAUCCACACAAGAGGAGCUCAUUAACAAGUAUUUGGAAUCCACAGGUCAACUUCCUGUGAAAAAAGGAAAAGCCAAGAACUGACUUGCUUCACUUUGACUGAUUUUAACCGAAUCUGCAAAAUCCAGAUACUCUAAUGGAUUCCAGUGGAAUGAAUGUAGUCUGAAACAAAAAUUUGAAACCUUUCCUGUUAUAAUAGAGGAGUUUUCUCUGUAGUAAAGAUAAUUCUUUCUCAA